AUGUACUCGUCGUGGCAACAGCGGCACCAACAGGGCGGUAAAAAUAACCACAACAGAAAGCAUCCAUCCGCUCAGAAUAUAAUUAAUGGGUCAAUAACUUUUGGAGAGGAAACCAAAAACGUGGAUAUGACGGAGGUGCCCGUCCCUAAGGUUACCGUGGGUCUCGCUGGUGGGGAGCAAAAGCGAGCCCAACCACAUGGGCCGACAAAAUCUUUCGACACCAUCUCUGAUCUCCGCUCACACGUGAUAUCUUUGGUCCAGUCGGGGAGACUCCCGGGUGACAGUCUUGAAGUACUUAAGGUGAUGCUUCGCCACCCCCCUCGGGGAGGAAAGUUGGAUAUUUGCCGUCCUGCAAGACAGGAAAAGCCGUUCUCGGUCAAUACCCCGUCUGUACAAAGAGCGAAUGUGGCACAGCGGAAGAAUCGCGAUCAGCUAUCGCAGGAGUUGUGCUCCAUGGGAACUGCAUUCUUUGGAUAUCCUCAGCCGCCGUUAUUCGGGGGGCCCGCGGGGAUGUUCUCAACCUACGGAGGCUACCAAACCCACAUGGGACAGGAGCAUUCAAAUCUGGAUGGCUUCAAUCUGUGUGCCAUACCCGGUACAGAUGGGGUCUAUCCAACAGGAAGCGGCCCGGAUCCGUUUAUAUUUGGGGACCAACAGGAGCAAGCGCCAUGGAUGUAUGAUUUAGAAGGCGAUGCUUUCGCGUGUUACGAUGCGUUUGUGCCCAUGUACGGUGUUGUUGGACAGGAUGCUGUAUGGGGGCUCAAAAACGACGUGGAUACCAGCGAUGACGGGGAUGAUGUCACGGGCAUGUUGCACGAUGUUCGUGAGGCUGCGCAGAUCGGACUAACACCGCGGGAGCUGCGCCUUGGGGGCUUCGACGGGGAUGGCAAUCUCCCGUUUCCGUUCGCCGGUGCAGCAUAUGGUGCCCAAGAACCCAAUAACAGUAGCAUUUCGAAUGCCACAUCGACUCCCGUGCCAUCAGUUACAAUAAGUCAUUCUGAGCGCGAGAAACUCCGGUCGCUUCAACAGGCUUUCCUCGCACACGUGCGUCAAACGAGCUCACCCCACUGCAAAUCCCCCGGUGUGUCCCCGCCGGGGACCUGGUGCGCCCUUGUGGGGGGCAAUGGGCCGUGGGGUGCGAGAACUCAGGAUGGAUCGCAGGAUGUGGGGGAAGAAGAGGAGGAUAGCUUUUGGUACCCUCCUAACCGUACGCUCUUUUCGUAUCACACUGAUUUUUCUGAGGCAAUGGAUGACAAGGGAGCACCCGGCUCGACUGUGUGCGGUGUAACGGCGAAGGCCAUCGCUUCGAUGACGAACAGCCCACGUGGAGGACGUGGCCCUGACGGGUUGUUGCGGGACGCGCAUUUGUCGACGAUAUUUUUGGGGACGGAGGGCGAGACUGCAGAGGAAUUAUUAUACCAGUGGACACCUGUCGAUGACGGAUCUAAAAUGGGGCCAUCAGACGAAGCAACACCAACAUGUGUGCCGUCCGCCCGCUUUUGCGAAACUGCCGGUAGUGGUGUUGCAGCUGGCCUUUCUGCAUCUAACUUUUGUGCUACAUUAUCCCCAGUGCAAGUUACGCUUCAAAAAGGACAGGCGGUGGGGUAUUUGCAUCUCCCUUUGACACCUGCGGGUAGUGGCCUUUCGACUCACGCUUCGCUUUCACCAACAGGCGUCACACCAGUAGGCAGCGAGGAGGUGAAUGCGACCCCCAAGUUAUCAGAUUGUGUGAGGCAUCACAGAUCAUCCUUCACACCCCAAGAUUUGAGUGUGUCUGCCGCGUACUUCAUAUGA